ACCAGGUUGUGCCUGGCCUAAACUGAACUCAACAAACCGGUACUGGGUAUCAUGUUGGCCCUGUCCAGUUCUGAGUCUUCGGAUUAGUGUAUUGUAUGCCUUUAUAUCCUUUUUUUUUUUUUUUUUUUAACAUCACAAGAGCGAAGAGGGAGUAAAAACAGCUAGGAAAAUGUAUGGUACGAUGUUCCUCGUUUAUGAGGCAAUCUUCAAAACUUGUUUAAGCUCGGCUUAUCAUUACAUAAAUAAAUACAGUAUAAACAAGCUUAUAGAAAAAUGAUGGGAACUUGUGUCUGGUGUUGGCUGUCAACAUUCUCAUAAGUCACAGGUGAAGUGUGUUUUUUAUACUUCCUCUGUUUUUUAAAUAUUGCACAUUUGCACCACUUAAAGUUUCACAAACUUUGCACUAUAUCCAUUUUAGGAAACAAAAUAUAUCUGUUCACACUAUAAAUACCCAAUAUACCUUUACUUUUAACACUUGAUUCUUUACUUUAUGUUUACAUCACAUGAAUAAUUAUGUAUUUUUACCUUUCUAUCUUUCUUUUCCCCACUAUUAAAAAAAGUGUGUCCAACCCUUAUAGUAAGAUAUUAAAAGAAUGGAGAAGUAAUAUAAAAACACAAAAGAAAAAACUAAAAAAUGAUGACUCAUAUAGGACAAAAAAAGACGGUCCCAUAUUUCCUAUGCAUGUCAUCAAAACCACUUCUAUCUCAAAUUGUAAAGUUCUCUCUACACAUUUCUCAAAUUUAUCAUCAAUUAUCAUCCUGAGUUUCUGAGGCAUCAAGUUGUUCAUCAGGAUAGAUGGCAACCGAGCCUGUUAAUGUAAAUGAGUAUCAAGAACUGGCUCGUCGAGCCCUUCCCAAGAUGUACUAUGAUUUUUAUGCUGCAGGAGCUGAAGAUGAGCAUACAUUAAAAGAAAAUGUCAAAGCAUUCUCCAGAAUCAGCAUCUGUCCGAGGAUUCUUGUAGAUGUGAGUCAAAUUGAUCUUUCGACCAGUAUCUUGGGCUAUCACAUCUCCGCUCCAAUAAUGAUUGCUCCAACCUCGUAUCAUAAGCUGGCACACCCUGAAGGAGAAAUAGCAACAGCUAAAGCUGCUGCUGCGAGUGAAACUAUUAUGGUGCUAUCCUUUAGUUCUAACUCUACCUUGGAAGAGGUUUCUGCCUCCUGUACUGCUGUGCGUUUCUUUCAAUUAUAUGUAUUUAGAAAUAGAGAAGUUUCAGCUUGGCUUGUUCAGAGAGCUGAAAAAAGUGGAUACAAGGCUAUUGUUGUAACUGUUGACACUCCUAAACUUGGUCGAAGGGAGGCCAAUAUAAAGAACAAAAUGAUUGCACCUCAGGUCAAGAAUUUGGAGGGUUAUAUGUCCACCGAAGUUGUCAACGACAAGGGUUCGGGUCCUCAAGCUUUUGCAAAUAGUUAUUAUGACGCAUCUUUCUCCUGGAAGGAUAUAAAUUGGUUGAAAUCUAUUACAAAGCUUCCAAUCAUGAUCAAGGGUGUUCUCACACAUGAAGAUGCAACAAGAGCGGCAGAAAUUGGAGUGGAUGGAAUCAUAGUUUCGAAUCAUGGAGCAAGACAGCUUGAUUAUGCUCCAGCCACAUUCUCUGUUCUCGAAGAGGUGGUUCAUGCUGUUGGAGGCAAAGUUCCUGUUCUCCUUGAUGGAGGGGUGAGGCGGGAAACAGACAUUUUCAAGGCCUUGGCACUUGGUGCGCGCGCUGUUCUUGUUGGAAGACCUGUAAUAUAUGGACUGGCGGCAAAGGGAGAAGAUGGCGUAAAAAAAGUCAUUGGACUGUUGAAGGAUGAAUUGGAGCUCACUCUAGCCCUUGCUGGCUGCUCCAGCAUAAAAGAUAUCACUAGGAACCAUGUCAGAACUGAGCAUGAAAGACCUCAGUCCUUACUCUAAGCCAGCUUAUACUAGUGCAGCUUGCCCUGAACAGCAAGUGUAUCACUUCUGAAAUGCAUUGUACCAAGGAUUACUUGUCGAACACUUUGUUUAAGUUUUUUCGCUGUCAUUAACUAUCAAAAUCAGUCUAUUUGAAAUUUUAGGUGAUUUAAAAUGUAUGAUCUAAACGCAUGAAAUAAG